AUGGUGCAGUUUAAUAUUGCCACUCUUGCUUCUGUAGCAAUCCUCUCCAAUGCUUGCUUCGUGUCUGCGAAAAGUUGCCGUAGUGGCGGCAUCUACUGUGGUUAUGCUCUGCAGCAGAAAGGCAAGUGCCAGUAUCGCGACGAUAUCAUCGUCGAACUGAAGGCCUCUCAUCAGCCAACUGACGGCCGGCACAUUGAUCAUUCUUUGUUCUCAUGCCUUCAACACGGAAAAAUUGACUUCCAGAAAUUCUGUAACAAUGGUUGUGUCGGUGGUGACAAGAAGGAUGACUAUUGCUCCUAA